AUGCGUCUCAUAAACUGCUUAACCCUUGAGCUCGAAGAGUUCUUCGGCAGCAAUAUUCCGCCUUACGCCAUCCUAUCACACACCUGGAGCAAUGACGAGGUGACAUUCCUUGACCUCCCUCUCUCUACACCAGCGACGCAAGCCCGAGCAGGAUACAGAAAGAUUGAGUUUACCUGCCAACAAGCAAUCCGUGAUAAGCUCAACUAUGCAUGGGUUGAUACCUGCUGCAUUGAUAAGAGAUCCAGCUCAGAGCUUUCCGAGGCUAUCAACUCCAUGUUUGCUUGGUACAGGGACGCAAUUUACUGCUAUGCAUAUCUCUCAGAUGUCCUGGAAGAAGGGAUGGGUGAACAGUUUCGCAAAAGUAGAUGGUUUACCAGAGGCUGGACGCUACAAGAACUCUUGGCACCGAGAGACGUUGAAUUCUACAACUGCGAGUGGCACUGGUUAGGCCGAAAGUCUGGCCAUUCGAAAUUGAUAUCCGAAAUAACGGGAAUAGAUGUGACCGCUUUGAAGGGGACAAGGGCCAGAUGUCAUGCUAAUGGCGGUAUGUUUGGUGAUCACUGCGUUGCGAAGAGAAUGUCGUGGGCCUCAACAAGAGAGACGACCCGUACAGAAGACAUGGCUUACUGUCUAUUGGGAAUUUUCAACAUCAACCUGCCGCUGCUGUACGGGGAAGGUGACCGGGCCUUUCGUCGCCUGCAAGAAGAGAUU